UAAGCGUGAACGGACGCGUUUCGGACAUAUGACUUUUCUGUUGUCGGCGAGAAGCAGCAGCAGCUGAUAAAGCUGACAGGAAGCUGUUCUAGCAACUCAUUUGCGAAAAAGUGAAGCGCUUGAAAUGUGGAAGAAACUGUAGUGACAGGGGGUGAAGAAAAUUCUACGAGGAAUUUAGUUCCUGGUUAUGGUGUGAAGAAUUAUUCAGUAACUAUCAAGUAUUAAAGUCGGUUGGACUGUUCUGGAAAGAGGAAGAAGUGAUUUCAAAAACAGUGAUCAGUUUUCUUCGUGACGUAAGAACGAUAGCCCUAGGAUAAGGGGAUCAAACUCCAACAACUUUGCUGGAUAACUCAGCUGUGCCAUCAGUAAUCGGAUUCUUCGGUUGGAGCAACAUCCAUUUCACCAAGUCGCUUUACAGGGAGAGAAGAUGAGGAAGUGCUAUUUUCUUCUGCUGCUUCCGGUAGUGUUUGGGACACGCCCGCCCGCUGCUGUUUUUGAGGACGUGUUUGAACUGGGAAGACCGAAUUAUGCCUUUCUGGCCAGUCCGAUACAUCAGAAUGGCAUGCAAGCCUAUCUGACAAAAAGGAACCGCCAGCUGGCGGACAACUCUCUGGCUUCGGCCGGUUCUCACUACCGUUAUCAAACCGCAGCAAGCGAACGCUACCAAAUCUACGAAGAGACCCAAAAUGAUCGCAUUCGGUUGGAGAAUCUGCAGAAGAUUGCCAACGUGCGCACCAAGCGGCUGGAUUCCAUCGCCUUGCCGCGCCAAUUCAGAAAGGUGGAAGUCGUUCCACGCGAGAUGUUCCGCUUUACGCUGGACGAUGCGAUGAUUAACCACAAGGAUCCGGAGGGACUGACCCGUGAGUCGAAGACGGUCAAGCGAAGGGCGAAGCGUGAGGAAGGUCGAACGGGCAAGCGGAUUGAGCCGGUUCCGCGAGAGGUUUUUCGGUUCGAAGCAAAGGAUGCCAUUACGAAGGCUCCGGAAACGGUUGCUAGCCAAGAAGUGAACGAUCAUCGCCGGAAGAAGCGAUCGGCUGAUCCCGGAGUUAACAAGGAAGGUAGAGAGACGGUAUCGUUUGAGCUUCGGGACGCUAAAACGCCAGAAAGAGAUGCUAAACUUUUCAGACAGCAAGUUAAGGAGGAGAAUCCGAACUUGAGGAUGCCUUUCAUGACUUCGGACACGUUCAAGAGAGGAUCAGUUUACGAUGAAGUCGUUGAGCGACCGGACCAUAAGAAACGGGAGACAAAGAAUGAUAAUAGAGAUGUUUCAAAGGAUGGCCUAGAUUUGAGCAUCGAAGAGAGCAGGCGAGUUAAGGUGAUGCGAGGUAACAAGAAAAAGAUGACGAAUUACGAAGAUCUACCUUUGGGUGUUCAAAAGGCGAUCGAUUUAGCAAUAAAAGAAAAUGAGCGAAUGAAUGUAAAGUCAGCUGAAGACCCAACUAAACCACCAAAGUACUAUUUUGGUGAUAAAAAGCCUAAAACAAAGAAACCUUUCAGCUCUACAACCGCUAAAGCAACUUUCCAACCCCCAAAGGAAGCUAAGUUUACUCCGAGCCCUCCAGUUGAAACUGGAUUCGUUCCAAGCAAAGCAGUGAAAAGUGAUUCCAGUGAAAAUUUGAAACCAGAAAAGUCCAAUCCUGCAACAUGGUGGGCUGCGUCAAAUUUGAAUCGUCCGAAGAGAUUGCAUCAGAAGGCGUCUUAUCCUCCACUUGUUAUUAGUCCUCAAUAUGUUAACACCUACAAGCCCACUAUGGAAACCUAUAAGAUGAAGGAACUUUCGCCAGGUUAUGAUCAUUCUCAUGAGAACAGCUACGAUUACGAAGCUCCAAAGGAAGUAGUGGUUCAAGACAAACCAAAGAUUCAAUACGUAAUUAAAGAAGUUCCCGUCCCCGUUCGUAUCAAAGAACCUCGCACCAAGAUCACUGUUAAGCCAACGAUCUCGAUCUCCUACGACAAAGAACCUUCUGGCCCGUCAGCCCCGCAGGAGACUGGUCAGCUUGAAUAUAACAAUCCCUAUGGACCUGUUGAACUCCGCUAUGAACAACCGAAAGAGCCCUUCCAAAGUCUUAAGAUUAUCGUUCCGGAUUCCAAAGAACAGUCGCAACCCUCCUACUACGAAGGAAAUCACGUAGAGCAGUCUCAUGCUCCGGAAUCAUCGCAUUCAAGCGAAAACUACGAAUCAACCGGAAGCAGCAUCGCCGCACUUUCUGCCCUCAUCGGCAAGCGACCAACUGUGCAACUGAAAGGUCUCAACGAACUACUCCAUAUGCCCGUUUCAAUAAGCGGCGCACAACCUCUGCAAACGAUGAAAACCAGAGUACGACCACAGGACAGCACGGCCCCGAUCAUGUUCCCUGUGGAAUCUUCCACUCCGGCGCCAACUCUUCCAAAGAAGACUACUGGCUACCGCAGUGUCAAGAUCGAAAACGGACCAAAGAUUGUGUACGAGGAUAGUCCUAACCCCAGCACUUUGUACCACACGGUGCAGAUGAAUCCUCAGCUGAAGGUUCCAAUGACCAAGGACUACACCCCGAUCAAGGAAGUCGUUUCGGACAUUUCCGACUCCGACAUCGUUGGUCCAACAAUUACCGCUCCUACUCAUGCUACGUACAUCGUCGGAUCGACGGCGGCAACUCCAACCGCCGAAUCCUUCGGCUAUGAGAGCGAGGCGAAGAGCCACGGAUCGGAUAGUUACCAUCAAGUGCAUGCGAUCCGCAGUACACCAAAAACGAUCGUUGAACCGAUUAGCGUUCACUAUGAGCCAAAAGAAUAUGACCAUAAGCAACACUUGCAUUAUCAGCCCCAACAGCAAUACGACAACUCGCCUGAGGCUCCUGAACACCAUCACCACGACUAUGAGGAACUGGGUCAACAUGUUCGAGCCGAAUACCACGGAUACCACGAAAAUACAGACCAACACGAUGAAGACAAUGAAGAUCACGACGAAACGGAAGGAUACGCCUUUGGCUACCGGGUUCGUGACUUCCACACCGGAAACGAUUUCGGUCACAUCCAGAACCGUGACAACGGAGUAACCCGCGGCGAGUACCACAUUCUUCUGCCGGACGGCCGAGUUCAGAACGUGCGAUACACGGCCGACGACAAGGGCUUCCACGCGGAAGUAAGCUACGAAAGCAUUCCAACACCACACGAAUCGGCGCCGUCGCCGUCGAUAGUAUUACCACCGUCUUCUGCGUCGUCGUCGCCGUCAUCGUCAUCAUCGGCGUCCAGUCACUCGUAAAUAAGUCCCCCUAAUAAGAGGACCGGUGUAAAUAGCAGCGAGAGCAAAUACGGCGUGAGAGGAUCGCGAUCAAAACUGGGAGGCGUAAUCGACUGCGCACUAAAGAGAGCUUAAGUACAUCAGCGAAUUGAAGGCGAGCGAGCUUCUGCCAGCCACCACAAGAUGGAUGUUGAACUAUAUCUAGAGAAAAGCUCUCGAUCUUCAUUCAGCUGCUUUGAAAGCGUUUCGUCGCGGAAUCCGUUUUAUUUCAGAUCGAUCAAGACUGACCUCACAUUGUCGUUCGGCGCUCUUCAGUGUUGUCGAAUUGAUUGCAUUGAUUAAGUAUUCUCAUUCGAUUCAUAUUGCUGUUAAACUUAUCUCGUUACACACAUCAUACUCCGAAUUCUUCAGUUUUCCGUUAGCCCGUAACUGUUAUUUAAUUGUAUUAUUUAAUUAUCUUUAAGUUCUAAUUCUAUUUCGAAUGUCUGAUUAACUGACGCACCAAAAUGUUGAUGUGAUUUAGGGACUUGUGCAAUCUUUUCAUUAUUUUAUAUUUCAUUUCCCAGUAAGAUCGAACGGACGAAUACUCAAUUCAUCGAAGGAAUUCAUUGUAGUUUGUAAGCGUAGGCGAAGUGAUGAAUCGAAAAGUAUUAUUGAUAAAUUUACACUGUAAAAAAUAGUGAGAGAAAAUGAGCACCUUAUAGUGUAAAUGUUAUCACCGUAUAGAUACUAAGCAAUUUAAGCCAAAAAGGACGUUGUACCUUGUUCACGGGAUGAAAAAUCGAAAAAGUUACAAUAAAAUUGUUGAUUGUUAUUACUGUU